CACUCGGUCUACGGUCGGCAAAUCGCUUAGCCUAAAAGUAAACCGAGGAUUUUGACGGAGGCACAUCGGCUCGUUAAAUGAACUGGGAGUGGAGUGACUUAUAUUCCCAUCCGUUAUGGAUGGUUUCAUCGGUGAUAUUGGCUCUAGUCGUGCGCGCGCAACGCAAGUCAUUGUGGAACCCGCGCGCUUGUCUCGUGAGGUUAAAAGGGAAAACUGCGAUUGUGACUGGAGCAAACACAGGGAUCGGCAAGUUCAUCGCUCUUGACUUUGCCCGUCGCGGGGCUCGGGUGAUUCUGGCCUGUCGCAGCGAGGCUCGUGGAACUGCAGCGCUGAAAGAAAUCAGAGAAAGCACUGGAAACCAUGAUGUGCACCUGCGCCUGCUUGACACCUCCUCCAUGGAGUCUGUGCGGAAGUUUGCAGCACAGAUAUUGAAGGAAGAGAAGGAAUUGCACAUCUUGGUCAAUAACGCUGGGGCCUCAGGCUUACCCAUACAGAUCACAGCAGAUGGGUUGGAAAUCACAUUUGCAACCAACCAUGUUGGACCAUUCCUGCUCACCAGUUUGCUUUUAGACCUUUUAAAGAAAUCCGCCCCGGCUCGCAUUGUAAAUGUUGCAUCCGCAAUGCACUGGAAAGGUGACGUGGACUUCGCCCAUUUCCAUGGGGAGAAACUAAACCAUGGGGUGAAUCGUGUGUACAACCACACCAAGCUGCACAAUGUCAUCUGGACCAACGAGUUGGCACGCAGGCUUCAGGGCACAGGAGUGACAGCAAACUCUCUGCAUCCGGGUGUAGUUAUGACGGAAGUGAUGAGGAACUAUAACUUCAUUUUACGAUUGCUCUUCAACUUGAUCGGCUUUUUCUUCUUCAAAACCGCAGAGGAGGGAGCGUUCAGUCCGAUAUACUGUGCAGUGGCAGAGGAAAAUGAAGGAAUAACAGGAAAAUACUUUGACAGUGAUUGUUCCCUGGUUCUGCCAGCACCUCCCGCCAGAGAUCCUGCUCUUGGAGUGAAGGAAUAUGAGUUCUGUGAGAGACUGAUUGCUAAACUGUAAACACCUAGUUCACAGAAUGAUCUUUUCCAUAACGAACAGCUCAAAUUUGGUAAUUUAAUAGCGUUGUAAAGAACACACUGAAAUAUCAGGUCGCCGCAGCUGUUACUGAUUGUUGUAGCUCUGGCCUUUAUACAGAGCAGAGCCACCCAGUAAAGUGGUUGUAUUUGAUGUUACCUUAGCAAUGUGAUUAGUCUUUUUCAAACUUAUUAUGAACAGAAUGAAGGAGCGCUGUAUGAAUGUAAUGUGAAAAGAGCACAGUCCGGUUCCAGAAGUAAAAAAAUAGAUUUUUACAUUUACUGUUAAAAUGUUGAAGGAAUAUCUGAAGUUGUCAAUUGUUUGUAUAAGCUUUAGUUGACUCAUCUGCUCGCACUGAUUUCACUUUUUUUAAACAAAGUUUAAUAGAAGAAUUUGUGCAAAGAACUACAUUGUCCACCUCCCAUGAAUCGCUGCUAAUGAAAUGAUGUAUUCGCUCUGUAACAUGUUAAAAGAAUAUAUAGCAGAAUA